AAGUCACGCCAAGACCGUAGUCAAGAUGGACAAAAAGUCCUUUGAAACGGUGCUGGAUGAAAUCAGAAAGGCUGUUUUGACAGAAUACAAAUUAAAAGCAAUCGAAUAUGUGCAUGGAUAUUUCUCUAGUGAGCAGACUUUGAAAACUUGAAGCCGGGACAGCAUUAAGCCAGUGAAGUUCUGCCUCUAAACCCCUGGGAGCCACUUCUGGUCACUGCUGCCUCCGUGGUGGUUGAUUUACUGAGAUAUUUUUCCUGGGCCGAGCCUCAGUUGAAGGCAAUGAAAGCAUUACAGCAUAAAAUGGUGGCUGUUCACCCAGCAGAAGUGGUCAAUAUACUCAACUGCUUUACCUUUAGUAAAGACAAACUAGUUGCUCUAGAACUGUUAGCUUCAAACAUUGUUGAUGUACAGAAUUCCCGUCCCAUUGAAGAUUUAUUCAGGAUAAACAUGUCUGAGAAGAAACGGUGCAAGAGAGUCCUCGAACAGGCUUUCAAGGGGGGCUGCAAAGCUCCUCAUGCCAUGAUAUCUUCUUGUGGAACCAUCCCAGGAAACCCGUAUCCCAAAGGGAAACCGAGUCGCAUAAAUGGAAUUUUCCCGGGAACUCCUCUGAAAAAAGAUGGUGAAGAGUGUACCAAUGAAGGAAAGGGCAUAGCAGCACGCAUUCUUGGACCGUCCAAACCACCGCCUUCAACGUACAACCCGCAUAAGCCUGUUCCUUACCCAAUACCUCCGUGCCGGCCACAUGCAACCAUCGCACCAAGUGCUUACAACAAUGCGGGUCUCGUACCGCUAGCCAGCGCCACAGCUCCAGGUAUCCCCCCUCCGCCUCCAUAUACUCCUAAUCCAGUAGGAACAGAAACUGAAGACCUUUCCAGUCAGUCAAAACCUACACAGAAUCAAACGUUUUCCACCCCAGCAAGUCAGAUCUUCUCUCCGCAUGGAUCGAACCCUUCGACCCCGGCUGCGACCCCCAUCGCUGCGCCUUCUCCGGCCAAGGCGGCGGGCGUCGUGCUCCCCACAUUCCCGGGGCAGGUCCCGGCCGCCCAGCCGCCGCCGCCACCGAGCCCGUCGGUCAUCAGGGCCCCGGCCGGCCCCGCCGCCCCGCGCCCCGCGCCCCCCAGCGAGGCGUUCGCCCCCGCCGCCUUCGCCGGCCUGCCCUUCGCGGCCCCCGCCGCGCCCACCAGCAACCCCGGUGGUGCCUCGCUGUCACCGGCCUUUGGCGGUGGCCCCGUGCCCUCGGCGCCCGCCACGCAGGCCGCGGCCAGUCCGACCCCCGCCGUGGGCGCCUGUGGCCCAGGCCCCACCGCCUGCGCGCUCGGGGUCGGGAGCCCGCUGCUGUCCGCGCUCAAGGGCCUCCUCGCGCCCGGCGACGCUGGCCUGCGGGCCACGGCCGCCCUGCCACCCCUGGAGCCCCCGGCUGCGGCCCCGAGUAGGUGCUACGCCCUGCAGAGCGUCGCCGCCUUCCCGGGACUGCCGUCGCCCGCGGCCGCCACCUCCACGCCGCCUGCCCCGCCUGCGCCCGGGCCGGCGAGCUGCGGCCCCGCGGUGGCGCCGCCAAGCACCCCGGACCCACGCGCCUCUGCCGGCCCGGCCGCGGGCCCCAUCAGGGUCAAAACGGAGCCCACGAGCCCCACGCCCUCGGCCUUCCGGGGCCCGGCGGGCGCUGCGGGGCUGGCGGGGGCCCUGGGCCGGCUCGCGGGCACGGCGGCGCCCCUCGGCCUGCCGCCCUGCCUCAACGCCGCCCUGGCGCGGCCGGGCCUGGGCGCCCCCAGCCCGCAGGGCUCCGCGCCGCUCGCGCCCGCGUUCCCCGCGCUGCCGCCCUUCACGGCCCUGGCCGGCGGCUUCCCGCUGCCCAGCGCCCCGUCCCUGGCCACCUCCUCCUCCGUCGCUGCCGCGCCCGCGUCCGGCCCGCAGCCCAGCGCCGCAGCUGCCGUGCUCCCCGGCCUCCCCGCCUCGGCGCCCGUGUCGGCGGCCGCCUUCGCCCUCGGCCUGCCCGCGGCCGUGCCCUCGCUCUUUCCCGGCGCCCAGGGCCCGCUGCCGCCCUCGAGCGCGUCCUACGCCGGCUUCCCUGCCUCCAGUGCCCCGGGCGUCGCGUCCGCGCUGCCCGCGUUCCCGGGGCUGCAGGCGCCGUCCACGGCGGCCGUCACGUCACUGGCUGGUGCCGCCUCGGCCGCGUCGCCGGCCCCCGUCCUCCCGGGCUUCGCGUCGGCCUUCAGCUCCAGCUUCAACUCGGCGCUCGUCGCGCAGGCGGGCUUGUCGUCGGGGCUGCACGCGGCGGGCAGUGCUGUGUUCCCAGGCCUCCUGUCCCUCCCGGGCGUCCCGGGCUUUUCGCAGACUCCUGCGCAGGCGUCGCUGCAGGAAUCACAGCACAGCGCCACCGCGCGGUCGGCGCUGUUACAGCAGGUCCAUUCAGCUUCAGCUCUGGAAAGCUAUCCAGCCCAGCCCGAUGGGUUUCCUAGUUACCCUUCAACGCCGGCCACACCAUUUUCUUUGCAGCCAAGCCUGUCCCAAAGUGGGUGGCAGUGAAUGUAUUUUCCGUCGUGUAACCUUUUGAAGCAACCUCCCAAUUGCCCAAGGACCACCGUGAGCACUCCGGCAGCUGUGAGGCUGUGCAGAAGUCAGAGACCGAGAAUAAGGAUGAUCCUGGGAAAUGGGGAAAACGUGGUUGCAUUUUUUUUUUUUUUUUAGUGGUUUUAGGUUUGGACACUCCCUUAUGUAAAUAUACUGAUAAUAAAUGCUAUGGAGGGUAGUAUUUAAAAAGUGUUUGGGGACUUCACCUCCCACCAUAUGAAAUUUUGAGUCGUCCAUGUGAUCUAUGUAGGAAAAACCUAACUAAAGAGGAGGUUGAACUUUUUAUAGCCGAAUACAGCCUUAAAUCUGCUUGGAUAGCACCCACUGACAGAAGUAAUGGUUGUGCCUCAGACUUGGGGGUUGCAUGUGACCCUGGGGGGUUACUGCCCUGGGUGUGCGUGCGUGGUUCCUGUUAGUGUCACUGGAACUCCGUGCUCAUAUGUAACCACACAAGGGGCUUGAGGCCCACAGUUAUUUUUAAUUUCUGACAAUAAUCAUGCAUAUACUGCAGAAUUUAACCCAAUAUAUUUCAGGUAAGUGAAAAUGGUGCUUAAUACAGUCUUUAGAGUGACUUUCAGGUGUUUUCGACUAAAAAAAUACAUAUCCACAACUACUUUCUUAUAGAAAUACAAGUAAGGCUGGUGAGAAUUUGCCUUCAAAACUGACUUCUUAAUCUCAGCCGUAUCCAGAUUGAGUGAGCAACAUUUGACUGACUCCUGGGGCACCUCUAUUACUCAUACUCUGGAAGCUCUUGGUGAAUGUUUACAAUUGUGGGAUGUAGUAUUUCUACUUGUACUUAAAAUCAAAUGCUUAUCUGAAAUAAAUAUGUGACGCAACUAGAGAAGACUUGCUAUGUCAGUAAAUAUGCAGUGUGUACUCUACUGAGGGAUCUGCGGUGAUGUAAUAUGAUUGAAUGUUACUAACUUAGUAUGGUAACAGCCACAUUUGGGGGAUGGGGAAGUAGGGAGAAUGGUUUCCAAUCCUGCGAUCAAAAGUGUAGCUGUAGAAUGUGCUGUGGCACAUUUCAGCAUCGAAAGGUUUACUUUUAUAAAGAUGGUGUCUGGGAGAUGAUGUUAAUGUAUUUUCCUUCAACAUGCAAAACAAACUUUUUAAGUAUAUUAAUAAAUAUUCCUGUAAGGUUAGUUUUUAACAGUUUUUUAAAAUAAACUUUAUUGAUAUGACAAAUA